AUGAUCCCACAAGAUAUACAAGAUGAUUUGGGUAAAUUAUCGUCAGAUAAAGUUCUUAAAGUUCUUAAAGUUCUUAAAGUUCUUAAAGUUCUUAAAGUUCUUAAAGUUCUUAAAGUUCUUAAAGUUCUUAAAGUUCUUAAAGUUCUUAAAGUUCUUAAAGUUCUUAAAGUUCUUAAAGUUCUUAAAGUUCUUAAAGUUCUUAAAGUUCUUAAAGUUCUUAAAGUUCUUAAAGUUCUUAAAGUUCUUAAAGUUCUUAAAGUUCUUAAAGUUCUUAAAGUUCUUAAAGUUCUUAAAGUUCUUAAAGUUCUUAAAGUUCUUAAAGUUCUUAAAGUUCUUAAAGUUCUUAAAGUUCUUAAAGUUCUUAAAGUUCUUAAAGUUCUUAAAGUUCUUAAAGUUCUUAAAGUUCUUAAAGUUCUUAAAGUUCUUAAAGUUCUUAAAGUUCUUAAAGUUCUUAAAGUUCUUAAAGUUCUUAAAGUUCUUAAAGUUCUUAAAGUUCUUAAAGUUCUUAAAGUUCUUAAAGUUCUUAAAGUUCUUAAAGUUCUUAAAGUUCUUAAAGUUCUUAAAGUUCUUAAAGUUCUUAAAGUUCUUAAAGUUCUUAAAGUUCUUAAAGUUCUUAAAGUUCUUAAAGUUCUUAAAGUUCUUAAAGUUCUUAAAGUUCUUAAAGUUCUUAAAGUUCUUAAAGUUCUUAAAGUUCUUAAAGUUCUUAAAGUUCUUAAAGUUCUUAAAGUUCUUAAAGUUCUUAAAGUUCUUAAAGUUCUUAAAGUUCUUAAAGUUCUUAAAGUUCUUAAAGUUCUUAAAGUUCUUAAAGUUCUUAAAGUUCUUAAAGUUCUUAAAGUUCUUAAAGUUCUUAAAGUUCUUAAAGUUCUUAAAGUUCUUAAAGUUCUUAAAGUUCUUAAAGUUCUUAAAGUUCUUAAAGUUCUUAAAGUUCUUAAAGUUCUUAAAGUUCUUAAAGUUCUUAAAGUUCUUAAAGUUCUUAAAGUUCUUAAAGUUCUUAAAGUUCUUAAAGUUCUUAAAGUUCUUAAAGUUCUUAAAGUUCUUAAAGUUCUUAAAGUUCUUAAAGUUCUUAAAGUUCUUAAAGUUCUUAAAGUUCUUAAAGUUCUUAAAGUUCUUAAAGUUCUUAAAGUUCUUAAAGUUCUUAAAGUUCUUAAAGUUCUUAAAGUUCUUAAAGUUCUUAAAGUUCUUAAAGUUCUUAAAGUUCUUAAAGUUCUUAAAGUUCUUAAAGUUCUUAAAAUGACACAAGCAGUAGUGACGAUUAUGCGCAGGAAGAUGUCGAGUGUCUCUACUGCUCAUGCCUUUCCUCAAAAUCCAAAAAAGGGGAGGGCUGGAUAUGCUGCUCAGUGUGCACAUGAAGAAUAUGAUGGAUGCGAUGAAGACGACGAUGUGUUUACAUGUGAACUAUGUUCUUAA